AUGUCUAUUCCUGUGACUAUGGGAGGAAUUCCUGUUGCAAGAUCCGAACAACUCGAUCUCCUCACAAAGGCGCAGUUUAUUCUUUCUAAAACAAAGACAAUGACUGAUGAAGAUAUCAUAAAUUCAUUAGGAUUUUUGAUACAGACAGAAGAUACGGAAACAUUCGACUUCUUAGUAAGAGAACUGACUGCUGCUUAUAUAGAUCCAACACAAAAUACUGAUGCAAUCUUAAAAACGAUUUUGUUUUAUUGCCGAGCAUACCCAAUAUUCAAGGAUGAGGCAUUAAAACUCUACGGAACAGCCAUUUCUGAUACAAGAAAAAAGAUUUAUCACUUCAGAAUACUUCGUUAUCUUCUUAAACAAGGAAUUUACGAAAUUAACGAUAUUAAAUUAAUAAUUUCAAAGUACCCAAUCUCAUAUGAAAACCAAUUCUAUCUUCUUAUACUUCAUUUUACUCCUGAGCUCGAAACAGAUGAUCCAGAGAAAUUUAAUCUUAUUUUAGAAAAAAUUCAAGGUUUCGAAUACCUCAGCCAAACAUAUCGUAGUCUUCUCGACGAAUACAUCAUCCAGCCACUAUCCACUUCCAAAUUUAACAAGCACAAAAAGUGGAUUCAUACAUCUGCCUUCCUUGAAUACGGUUUAGAGGAAGAUUCUAUCCUCAAGAAGGUCCUUGCAGGCGAUGAGAACGCUAUCCUGUCUUUCGCUAAAGGAGAAUUCGCAUUUUCCCAACCACCUUUAUAUCCAAACCAAUUUCUCGCAUACCAGCCACAUCCUUUGAUGAUUUGUGCAUUAUUCGGAUUGAUCAAGCCAAUAGCGACACAGCCAUACCUCUGCGCCCGUCUAAAAGACAAUACAAAUAAUCCAUUCCUUGUUUACGCAGCUGCCGGCGGUAAUGUUGCUAUUCUUGAGAUCCUUGCCCGUAAUCACGUCAUCCUUAUGAAGGAUCAGUCCGAGGAAGACGAAGAAGUUGCAAUUGCCCAUCCAAUCACCCGUGAACUUGGUCCAUUAGGCACAAGAGCGGCCGUUCCUUCAUCUUUGUGUCCUGCAGGUACGAAAUCCCAUGGCAAGAAUUUCGGCGCAUUAUCUGCAGCUGCAUCCAACAGACGCCUUGACGCAUUGUUCUGGCUCCUUGAGAAUACUAACUGCUCACAGAUCGAUUUGAAUAAUGCUCUCAUCGAAUCUGCAAGAGCAAACUUUUUAGCAGGAGUCAGAUUAUUAGUCAACAAAGGUGCGGAUAUAAACUGUAGAGGAUACGAUGAUGAAACACCUCUACACGCUGCUUGUGAGAAUGGAAGCAUCGAAGCGGCAAAGCAGAUCUUAAUUACUCCAGGAGUAGAUGUUGAAGUUAAAAAUGCCAAGAAACAGACAGUUUUUCACAUGGCAGCGUACAGCGGAAGUACAAGAAUGUACAAACUCAUUGAAGACAUGCAAGGAAUGGACAGCGCUUUGUUAGAUUGUUACAGGAACUCUCCAAAGACAAUCUUUGAGAGCACAGUGAAAGAAAUGCCAAAUGUUUUAUAA